UUGGACGGCGCGCACCCCCUUCCGGCCCCGCUCCUCCCUCGAGAAGGGCCGCCUCCCCCCCCCGCCACAAAAGGGCCGCCCCGCCCGCCCUGCCGAGGGGCCGAGCCGGAGCCCCGCAGGAGCCGCCCGACGGCUGCCAGGCUGUCCCGCCCUUCCCGCCGCUCUUCGGGACGGCAGUCGGGCGCCUCUUCGCCGGAGCCGCCCGUCCGUCGAUCCGCCCCCAUCGCCGCGAUGCUGCCCGGGCAGCCCUGGAGGGCGCCGCCUCCGCCUGGCAGCGGCUGAGCAAGACCGAGGCUCCUCCGACGCCCCGCCGAGAGAUCCUCCGCCAUGGCCCGCGCUGGCCUCCUCCGCCUCCUCCUGGCCCUGGGCCGAGUGCUCCAGGCCUGGGCUGAGCUGCCCCCUCCAGCCACCCUGGAUGGGCACGGUUGGCAGAGCCCCAUGGACUGUACCCACGCCAACGAGCUUUGUGCUGCUGAGCCUGGCUGCAGCUCGAGUUUUCGCACUUUGCGCCAAUGCCUGGCUGGCCGAGACCACAACACCCUGCUGGGCAACAAGGAGUGCCGGCUGGCCCUGGAGGUGCUGCAGGGAAGUGCUCUGCAUGGCUGCCGCUGCAGGCGUAGGAUGAAGAAGGAGCUCUCCUGCUUGCAGAUCUACUGGAGCCUCCACCUGGGCUUGGCUGGGGGAGAAGAAUUUUAUGAAGUUUCGCCCUACGAGCCCAUCCACUCUCCUCUCUCGGAUGCCUCUAGACUUGCUUCCAUUGUCUCAGCAGGGACAGACUCCGCGGCCACCUCCAGGAGCAACCCCUGCCUGGAUGCGGCCAAAGCCUGCAACCUGAACAACAACUGCAGGAAGCUGCGCUCGGCCUACAUCUCCACCUGCAACAAAGAGGUGUCGGCCACUGAGCUCUGCAGCCGGCGGAAGUGCCGCAAAGCCCUGCGCCAUUUCUUUGACCGGGUGCCCAGCACAUACAGCUACCGGCUGCUCUUUUGCCCCUGCAAGAACCAGGCCUGUGCGGAGCGCCGCCGGCAAACCAUCGUCCCCGACUGCUCCUACCAGGAGAGAGAGAAGCCCAAUUGCCUGGCUCUACGGAGCCAGUGCCGAGCGGACACGUUCUGUCGGUCAAGACUGGCAGAUUUCCACACCAAUUGCCAAGCCUUCCUCACCAGCUGCUCUAGGGACAGCUACCGGGCAUGCCUGGACUCCUACACUGGCCUGAUAGGUUUGGACCUGACCCCCAACUACGUGGAUGAAAGCUUUAGCAACCCAGUGCUCUCCUUGUGGUGCUCCUGCCAAGGGAGUGGCAAUAUGGAGGAGGAAUGUGAGAAAUUCCUGAAGGACUUCACUGAAAAUGCUUGUCUCCGAAAUGCAAUCCAGGCCUUUGGCAAUGGCACUGACCUGACCUCCUCCCCCAAGGCCCUUCCGCAGCCGCUCCUCACCAUGCCUCCCUCCGUAGGAAGGACUUCGUCUUUGCCAUACAGUGUCAAUGACAGCAGCCUUGUUGAUAACACAAGCAUGAGCAUCACCUGCAUCUCCACCGAGGAGAGUGGCGCAAGGGUUAACCAGUCCAAAGAGCAGGACCUUUGCUUCUCAAAGAAGUCCCUGACCACAGCUCUCAUGCCGGAGCAGCAGAGGACUUUAAUGGACUCCAAAGGAUCAGGCAACCAACUUUCCUUCACGGGAACCAUCUCUGCCCUCCUCGUCUUCCUUGUGAACAUGGCCAUGUAGGAGGAGCCUGGAACAAGACUUGCCGUGAGAUGGGAUGGAGAGGGCCGUGCAAACCGCCCUCCCCCUGCAGGCCAUCCAGGACUCUCCCUCCUUCUGCAGAGCUGCUGCCAAGGAGACCCCUCAGCUCUUGUGGGGGCUUCUGCAAGGCUGUCUUCAUUGUGUAGGAAUUGCCAGGAUGAGGCCCUGAGUAAAGGCAUCUGGACUGGGAAUGCAGCCUUCCCAAGGAUCCCAAACACAGGCUGGAGUUCCACCAGUUUACCACCAGUGUUUAAAAGGGAUCCAAGAUGUUCAUCUGGACAAUUCAGUGGAGCUGGAGGCCUUGUGGAGAGGCUUUGCUUUUACUCCAAGGUCACCACCCAGAUUGUUUGGGCUGCUUGAAAAAGUUCUAAAACAGGCCUGGUUUCCAUUCGGCUCAGAGGAUUCUCAGAAGUGCCUGAACUUCAUCUUAGGAAAAUGGGAAGUGGAUGAGAUGUUUCUAAAGCUGGUAGUAGCCUCCCAUAGGCCGAAGCCUUGAAAGGAUGGGACUGGCUGGCUGGAGUGGGUGCAGAGCUGGGCCUCAUGGAACAAGGCAUACGGUGGUCCACAGGUCCAGUGGAGUUUCUUGCUCCCCUGAUUCUUCUGAUUCUCCAUCUCUCCAUCCUCUUUUCUAGGUUUUUAAUCUCCGGUUAAAUGAUCCCCAUCUCUGUUGAAAGAUUACCCUGGUAUAGUGUCCUUUGGGACAACUGUCCUGCCACCUCGGAGAGGACAGCCAAGAUCCCACCCCAUGUAUCUAUUGUUGUUUUCUCCUGCUUCCUUUCAUGUUGCUGUUUUUCCAAAAAUGUCUAAAAAUA